AUGGCAUCUAGCAUGGGCGAAGCAGACUCCAAAUUCCCAACCUCGGGAAACUCAGACGCCAUCCCACCCUCUCCAACACGCGAAAACCCCGCAGCCGUCUACCCAAAAUCCGACCCCUCCCCCGCCCCACGCGGCACGAUCCCCGGCACAGGCCCACCCUCCCACCCCCGACACACCUCCUCCUCGCGCUCCUCCCCGCUCGGCAACCCCUUUCUCCUCCGUUCUGUGCUCGAUGAUCUCGAUGCGUCUUUAGGACGGGCUAUUGAUGCUGUGCGGAGUGAGGGGUAUUCGCCUGGGGUCUCCAACGGUGCGAAUGAAAAUGGCGGUGGUGGUGGAAAUGGAAGUGCGUUGAGCAUGUUCGAACAAUGGCGCACCGAACUCGACAGGCUCCGAGCGGGCGAUAGACCCGUUCCUUCAAGCUCGAAUGUUCCUCCGAAUAUUAAUGUCGGCGCUGGUGUGGGGACGGGGGAGGGGGUUGUGAGAGGGAGGAGCACUACGACGAGACCGGAGCACGAUCCGAGUUCGGCGGAGAGUGGUGGGAUGUUCGUGGAUUGAUUGAUGAUUGAGGUUAGGAAGGUUGGAGGGGUGAGGGGGAGGAAGAUCGGGAUGGGAAGGUGAGGAAAGGGACAGGGAGAGAGAGAGAGAGAGGAUAUUGGACUUGCAUCAGAUUCAUAGACGGAUAUGCGCGAAGUGUAGUAUGUAGUAGUGACUUACAAUGAACUUUGUACUUCUAGUAUCGAAUGC